GGAGAAAUUACGUAUCAGUUGCGCAUGGCGGCUUUCGCGUGUUGCGCGCUGUGUUUGUGCGGUGAAAAUCGAUAGUGUCCUUUCGCUGUGGUGCGCUACGGAUACGCCGUGCCUACAAAUAUAGGUAUGUGGGCCGCUGCUCUCGCUUCUGACUAUUUGUGACUCUUGCUGAAAGCGUGCUACUCGCAAUUAUUCGGCGACCCGGACCACUCGAGGAUACCGCGUGCCGGGAAUAAUGACCCGCUCGGCGGGACCUCGAGUCCUGAACGCACCGACGAGGCGCACCAACGCAUAGAAGUCGUCCCGUGAGCAUGGCAGCGUGCCCGGUGUCGGUGUGUGCCGACCGAACUGGAGGGUGCGAUGCUUGCGGCCAGAUGCUUCCUGCGCUGCACUGACCCGUGGCCAGCCGCCGCUCAGGCUGAACAGAACUGUGUACCUGACUUCAUCAGGGCAUCGUCCCUUGCCGUCCUCGACACGUUCGAGGAGACACGCUAGCAACGGGAACAGCCACAACAUCGUCUUCUCCAGUUGGCCUUGUCACUGCAGCAGCUUUGACAAGCAGCCAGCAUCGCUCUUGGGAAGACUGCGGGGAAGUCGUAGCCAAAGCCAUUAUGGUAGCCAUAAUAAGUGUCGAAAGAGCCAAGACAGGACUCUUUUGCAUACUAGUGCCAAAGAACACUACAAGACACACCGGGGCAUCAAGCUAAAAACAAGACAGAAAAGCGGGACAAGGACAGCAGAUAUUGAAGACCAGGUUUCGAAAUUCCACGGGCAGCCACUGCUGAGCGAAGGAAUGGACAACAUAUCACCAAGCAGCUUGUCACAGCGAAAUGGACUGGAGUCCCGGAAAGAUGAUUUCUGGGAGGCCCUCAGCUCCAACUACAACUACCUCAUGAAUGAUGAGCUCAUUGCCACAUGCAGGGAGGCAAGUGGGGAACUGGACCUGGAUGAAGAGGCACGAGUGUCUCCACCACGGGAGACACUUUCGUUUGCCGAGUUUGUCCGGCAGUUCAACUUGCUGCACGACUGGCUGCAUCAGCUGCAGUCGUCAUUGCUCGACUCGGCCUCGGACCACAGAGCAGAGGUGGCUGAGUUUGUUGGCGGUGAGCUGCGUCGUCGGCAGCCAUCACUGUCGCUCUUCUUGGAGGAAGCCGAGGGUCUGGCAGUGUUGCACCCGACACUCAAGGAGGAAGUGAACCGACGAGUGAACCUGCUGAGCAACAAGCGCGAGGCAGUCCAGCGAGCCCUGGAUCCUGACCGGGCUGCUGCAUUGGCUCCUGCUGUGGGGGAGGCCUUCCAAGAAGUGGCUCAGGAGAUGCGGCGCUUGAGACGUUGGCUCAAGGAGCUGGAGGCACAACUUCCUAGCCAGAUGGCAGUUUCUUCGACGUGGACACAGGCCGAGAUUCAAGAGAGAUUGUGCGCCCAGCAGGUUCUGCAGCAGCAGAUUGAGUCUCGCAGCGUGUUGGUCAAGUCCCUUCUGAGGCAGUGUGAGGCCCUGUGUGCAGCUGGCCCACCAUCCCAUGCGGCAGAGGAGGGAGAGAGCGCCACCUCGCUCCAGCCACUGUUCGCCAACGAUGCCCAGCGGAUCCGACGUGUCGCCGCGAACCUCGAGAAGCGUUGGCACGCCCUGUGGCUCCAUUCUCUAGAGUGGCAGUGCCUGCUCGAGCAGCUUCUGCAGGGUUCACGGGGUCUCUGGGAGACGGGCAGUGACUGCUACUUUGGUGAUGAGCCCAAGACCAAGCAGCCACGUUUGAGCUGUGAAUGGGACGGCGGCAGCAGCACAGCGAGUGACAGAACCAUGGAGAUCGGCAACAGCAGCAACUGUGACACCAAGGAAACCCACAGCGUCGAGAAUCAACCGAGCUCAGUCGUGGUGCCUGCAACUGUGCCCGUGCCACCCGUCAGACUCGAAAAGGGCGUCAUGGUCGGCCAGACAAGCAUCGCGGACCUCAAGUUGGCCUGCAAAGGGGGCCGGCGCUUUGAGGUGCUACACGACGUUGGGUAUUCGAGCGAGAGCUCCACACAGCUCUCCAGCGAGGACUGCAUCCGGAUCUAUAGCUACAGCCCAGAGCUGGCAGAAUCUGUUUUCCACGAGUAUCGGGAUGGCUUGGCUAGGAACUAUGUAGACGAACGUGGCACUGGCGGCAGUCCUGCUCUGUACAAGGCAGCAAAUGAGGAAGAGUACGAGGAAGGGGAGUACGAGGCGUCACCGCUGAUCCAGUCGAAUGCCUCGAAUGUCGACUUCUACAAGAUGACUCUUCUCGAAGACGCACAGUCCUCAGACCAUAACGGAGACGAUGUCGCCGCGGGCGCUCUGGGGCAGCUGGACGACGAGUUGAUGGAUUUUGCAGAGCUGGAACAGCUUGGUGGCGAUGCAAAGGCCUGUGCAGCAAGUGUCUGCAACGUCGACGGCAAGUCGGAGCGUGUCAGGCGCUGGCUUCAGAACUGUGAGUCAGCACCUCUGACUUCCGCUGAGGAAGAAGAGGAGGACCCGUCGGUGGCAGGAGUCACUGAGCGCCACGUGGACAGUUCGUGUGAUGCCAGCGGCGAGUACACAACGAACGACGAAUCCGAAGAACCCGGUGAGGAGUCUGAUGGAGCUGCCUCGUCUCGGCGUUCUUCUCGUGGCAGCAGUCAGGGCCUGGACACAUCACAGAGCAUGUCACUUCUUAGCAAAUCCGGCACUGGCUCUGUGGAGACUGUUGUUCAGGUUGGCUCGGCUCUCUCCGAAGGUGACGCAGCCGCGCCAAGGGUUGUCUUGCGCCAGGGCCUGCGCAAGAAACGCUCGCGUGAGCGUCCCUGGAGUGUGAUCGAGCUGGGUCCGUCUGGAGCUCUGCAGCUGUGCCCACACUCGACGUCCGAGACUGCUCUCAACUUGCUCUCAUCUUCAUCGACCGUAAAGGCACAGAGCCGGCCACGCACAAGCUCGGUUGGUGUUCAGAAAGACCCCUCGUCGCCUGACCGCCGACUGCAAAGGUCUCGUGGCCUGCGGGGAUUGCGCUCUGGCUCGAGCUCCGAGGCCCUGUCAGGCUCUUCGUCGGCUCACAAGCGGCAGAAAAGUGGUGACGAUGGUGAACGCCGCCCAAGACGCGCCUCCACCCUUUCUUCAACAGGCACCACCGGCUCUCUGCAGAACGCGUCUUCAUCUUCCGGCACAGAGAACUACCAGGACUGCCUUCCAUACAGCAGCGCCAAGAGCCACCUGUUCUCACGAGCACCCACCUUGGCCCACGUAGAGGAGCAGAGCUCAGUCUCGGACCAGGUGUGGGACGAUUACCAGGACCCACCAUACUUCAGUGAGCCCUACUCUGAGCAGACUGCCGACGAGGACCAGAUGAAGAAGCUGCUGGACUUUGGAGACGACUACUGGGCCUUCAUUGGGAGCCCAUCCGAUACUUCCUCGCUCAGUGGCCAGCCUAGAGACCUGCCCAGACGAUCCCCUCACAAGGGCCGCCCGGCCACAAAGCCGGGAGGCAUUACAGAGUUUGACUCGGACUCGGACAUAGAAGACCUGCACCACCUGUUGGGCCAGAGCACUCGCGCUUACACCUUCAUCCGCAGCAGCCUGCAGAAGAUUGCCGCUUGCAGCAAGGAGUCUCCUCGGGGGCCUCGGGAAAAAAUGUCACCACCCAAGUUUGCGGAGCUGGUGGCCACCUGCCAGACCAACCUGCACUGGUUGAAGAUGAUCCGCAUACACCUCCACAAUGGAGAAGAUUCUCCACAGCUGCAAAAGCUCAUCAGCCGGUGGGAGGCCCUGGUGAGGGAACUGCAGGAAAGCGACCGCGAUGAGAGAGACGCGGCGCCGAGCCAGGCCGACGUGCUGCACAGCAUCGAGGCGCUGCGCGAGGAGCUGAGCCACGUGACUGCGCUCGUCAGCCGCCCUCACCCAAUGGCCGCCGAGGGAUUCCAGGCAGUGGAACGGAGGGCGCAGGAACUCAAGGUGGCACUGGCUUCACUGCAUGACAUCCGUGACUCCCUGCUGGAUGUAAAGGUGAAAGCCCACCGUCUUGGUGCUAGCAGAGAAGAGUUGACCAUUGGGAAGCACAUCCAGGCUCUGUACCGCCAGUGGGAUGACGCCUACGAACAGAGUGGCACAAAGCUGACUGAACUGCAAAAGAUGCAGAGUGAGGAGAUGCCGUCACAAUGCCCACCUGCUGCAAAGACAUUGUUGGAGAGCAAAGCAGAAGAUCCGUGUUCAUUGGAGAAGCCUUCAAUAAGUGGGAAAGUUGGCAGAGUGACAGAGCAGUCCCGCAGCCAGAUGGUAACAAAUGGCACGUUGUCAUCACGGGCUCUGUCGGGAGACUCCACGGGGGCUGGCAGCCGGCGAAGGCGUCUCUGGCGGGUGCUCAAAGCUGCACUGCCCGUCCAGGUGGCAUUGGUGCUGCUCUACUGCGUUGCCUGCCUCCUGGAACCGCACUGCUGUGACCUGCUCAACAACUUUCACUCACCAUUUGGACCACAGCUCAGAUAUACACAUGGACCGCCACCUAUUUAAGUGACCAUGGUGCAGCCCUGCUGCACAAUUUGACACAUCUGUUUGCUUUGAAUCAGCCCCAUGGUGCGAUGAGGUCCCAGACGAGAAGCCUCUUGACUGGCCGAAGUGAUCCAUGAUUGCAUGCCCAUCCAGCUAGGCAGAACAUCCCUCUCAGCACACUGCAUUGAAUGCUCAAGCAGAGGAGGAGCCCACAAGAAAACAACAACAAAAAACACUGCCACAAACCUCAAAAAGCAACGAGCAGCAUCAUUUCACUCGGGACAUCACUUUUGACUCAUCGCGCUCUCAUGUUGAUGUGUGUGUAGGUUUUCUAUCUGACAUCUCCUUGUUUGUGGUGUGUAUCUGCCAUGCUUUUUCUCCAUUAUUGCACAGUGAGAUGGCACACCAACAUUUCUCGCGUGCAUUUUCUUAGGGUUAUCUCAACAUGCAUUGUUAUUGUGCUUUGCACACACAAGACAUGCCAGUAUGAAAAGCCUCAUUGUAAGAAAUUCGAAGGCAUGGGACUAUCAAUUACAAGUGCAACACACUUACUCUAUAAAAGGAAGAGUGCCUCGAUUUUCAAAGGUGUUCAGUUGAAAUUCAUUUGCUUUGGUUAAAGAAAGUUUGCAGUUUCAUCAUUAUUUAUUCUUUCAACUUGUGGGGACACGUUACUGUUACAAGAUGAAAACAUAAGCAUGUUAAUAGCUGCUGAAAUAGAUGUUUCGUGCUUCUUGUAGUUGCAAAUUACUGUUACUUGCAUAUGCAAAAAUGAAGCACUCCAUUUUGAUAAGCAGAUAUUCCAAAAGUUCACAGUGCACUGUUCAUGUGCUUUCCACAAUAAUCAUGUUUCAUCUGGUAGAAGAACACAAUGACAAUGCCUUUGUCAGUAAACGCGCGACCAGGAAGCAUUUGCAUGUUUUUACUUUCUUUAAUAUGUCACGACAUAUUUUGUCUUAGCUCGUACAUAUUGGGGUUGUGUUCAGUGUGUUUAUUAUUGUUUUUGAUUUCAAGUUUUUGACUGUAUGGUUUCCUGCUGCUAAUCUCUAAUGCAGUUGUCUCCUCUUGUCAAAAAGAAACAAUUACAGCAACUAUGAAAGGUGGUGGCAGCUACAGCACAGUGCAGUUGCCGAGUUCCAGAUCAGUUGUAGUUUAAAUCACAAGGUAAAAAAGGGACUCAGCUUCUUCAUUAUUAAUGUCACAAGGAUACAGACACUUAAAUAGCUCAUUUUACUGCAUCUUUCGUUGUCCUUCCUGAUGGAUUUUUUCACAAUGGCCAUCCUUCAUCAAGUUGACAAACUUCCAGUCAUCAAAAUAAUGGCUGUACCAGUCAUAUUUUAUGAAAGUAGAGCACUAAUUACAAUACUUGCUUGGAAGCAGUACCAUUAAAAAGAAAAAAAAAAGCUCUUGGAGUAGUUAUGGUAGUGAAAACUUGUGAAGCGUAGCUGUCAUUUGUAACACCACUCACAAAGCUUCUUCUGUUUCAGAUUGUCACCCUGUGGAAUAGAUUGCACAUGAUAGGACAUGGCUUGCUCUUUAAGAGAAAGAGCUUUUGAAACUUGGCCAUUUUCAACGUACUCGUUAUGCCAGUGACUUCCAUUGUAGUAGGCAACCUUUCUUUCUCUUACCCUAUUUUUAAAGAUAUAUAAUACACACACACACACACCUUUCUUUUCCCAUGAGACAGGGGCCAAAUCAAGUUUUGAACAUGUAUUGCAUGCAGGUUUUUUUAUGUUGGUGAACAUGUUAAGUGCUUAGUUUGUUGUCCUUGUCUUGUUCUGCAGCAUUAAGUGCAAAGUGUUUUGUAUGCUAACUUGGUGUGGAAGAGAGAGCUUACAUGGCAUGCGUUUUUCUUUCUUUCACGCGGUGCAUUGUGUUCUUUAAUGCAUGUUAUUGUUUAGCCGUUGCUGUUUUUGUAGAUUUUUCAUUAUUCUCUGGACUCUCAAUCAGAGCAUCUUGCGAGAAAUCAUACCGAGGUCUGAAACACUGAUUCUCACACCUUCUUUCUGACAUUCUAGCUUCAUUGUCUACAGUUUGAGACAGUGUGGUCAAAGAUAAAUCGCACUGGGAACUGAAAGCUUUCCUAGUGAGGUUUGGUGUUUGCAUAACAGUUGCAAUUGGCAGAUUUCCCCUUGUAUCACUGUAGAACAUCGUAGCUGUGAAGUCUGUGAGCAUCAUUUGUUGACACUUGAUUUUAUUAAUGUGCCAUUCUGGGCCCUUUACAAGUUUUUAUAAUUUGAAAUCCAGUUGCAACAAGUCAGGCAUGUAAAAGCAAGGUUUAGUUUGUUAGCACACCACAUUGCGUCAGAGCGUGAUAGUACGUACCAUUGAACCGUUUCUAAAAUGCUGCGUGUUACAAUGCGCUGCUUGAAAAAAAUCAUGAAAAAUGUUUAAAAAAAGGAACAUAAGUGAACAGGCUAGUUUUAGAAGUCGCAAGAAACUGUGUUCAGCCAUCCAAGGGUGGCAUCAUGCAGCUUGUAACCAUCAUAAAAAAAGUAUAGCUCAAUUUUUUUUUACAAAUAUACUUAAGUACCUUGAGAGAAGUGUAUUGUGCCUUAUUCCCACCACACGAACCAUGUUUUUUAAAAAGAUUGCACUGUUGGCAUCUGGGUGAGUUAUCUUAACGUUGCAUCUCAGUGCAUUCAGUCUGUGUUGCGAAAUUCGUUUCUUCAUUUUUGGCAUGGAUCUGCUUGAGGAAGUGGCUUGGAAAGAUAGGUAGGCCACAAUUGCCUUGAUGCUGUGAUUUCUGUGGCUUAUUUGUAGCUGUAGAGGAAAUAUUUUUCUACUAAAUAGUACACACGCAACGCCUGUGCUGUCUGUAUUGGGGAUGUCUCUGAAAAUGGAUGACAUGUUUACCUCUUCCCAUCCUGUUAACAUUGUGACUCUUGGAGAGGAAAAAAAAAACAGUUUAUCAAUACUAUUUCCUAUAGAGCUUGUUAAUAUUUUUUUAAAGUCGUGCAAACGGCCACAUCUUUGUUAUUCCGUUGUUGCAAACUAUAGCCCACCUUCUCACUGGGAAUGAUUUUUUUUUAGAUGUUUCUGUUAGAGCAUUUUUAUUAUUUCUCUCUAUUUGAUGAUGUGGUCAAGCACCCUUUUUUUGUUGAAGAUUAUCAGUUUUAAGUAAAAACAACUCACGGUGGCAGAUUAACUUUGUUUUUUUACUGUAAUAUUUAUUAUAAAGCACAACUUCAUGCUGCCUUGAGUCACGAUUUCGGUAAGUGCAAAACGUCAAUGCAAGAUCAUUGCAAAGGCAGGAAUGCGUUCGCACUAUCUAGUCAGAGCAAAAAAAAAUAUAAUUAUCCCCAUUUGUUUUGUUUUUUUCUCAAUGAAACAGGCCUAUUUACAACCAAAAUAAAAGAUACAUAUAAUGCACUUGAGAAGCAAGAACUCUCAAUGCUUCCAGUGUUCCUGAAGCAGUUUGCAAAGACCAAGUAGAUUUGUAUGCACGUGCUACACUAUGUAUGACUUCACUAGUGGCCUUUUUAGAUGUGUGGAAUAAAGUGAACAUUACUGUC